CAAAACCCAAAACCCAAACUCGAAGGAAAGGUCUGAAGGUACUAUGGAGUUUUGACUUACUCGGGAAACGUGUUGGUCUGUUGCGUCAACAUUCCCACCAGAGCUGAAAAGGCAACGCCUUUAACUGUUAGCUAGCUUCACAAAUCGAACCGACCCUCCCACGAACGAAUAAUCUCUCAUUUCAUUUUCUGCUUCACAUUUCUCCUCCAACAAUCUCGCCUUUGGCACAUUUAUUUGCUCUUCCAACUUUGGCUUUAGAUUUUUCACCACCAUUAAUCUCGCUUUCUGUCUCCACUCGUAGUCAGAGAAAGAGUCCCUAUCCCAGAAUGAAUUCUGCUUAAUCUUCUCCUUAGCUUUUUGCUCAUAAUUAAUUCUCAUAAUUGAGAGCUUGUUUCAGUGGAAUGAUGGUUAUUACGAAAUUCAUGGUGCUGCAAACCCAGUUUGAUUUUACUAGCAAACGUGUGUCAAGCGGAAACAUGCUUGGAGUCCUCGGUUCCAUUUGGGUUUUUGUCUGCAACUACUUGUUCUUUGUGUCUGGACUCAUUAGUGGAUACAUACUUAUCAGAUUUCAGGCAGAUGAUCUCAGAAAUCAUAACCCUGUUGUUUGUUUGGAGCGUGAUCAUCAAUUUGAUGCAAAUAGAGACGAAAAAGAAGAGGUGUCUUUGGAUUCUCCUAUUAUAAGAACAAAUGAUGAUCAAAACAGAGCAGAAACAGAGGAUUCCGAUCAAAACAGAACAGAAAGAGAGGAUUCCGGUCAAAACAGAGCAGAAACGAAGAAUUCCGAUCAAAACAGAGCAGAAACAGAGGGUUCCGAUCAAAACAGAGUAGAAACAGAGGAUUUCGAUCAAAACAGAGCAGAAACGGAUAAUUCAGAUCAAAACAGAGCAGAAACGGAGAAUUCCGAUCAAAACAGAGCAGAAACACAGAAUUCCGGUUUUGUGGAGACCGUCUCUGCAGUAACCACGGAUUUGUAUGAGUAUACUUCUAAUAGAGUUAUCAAUGGCUAUAUGGAAGAACCAAAAGCCACGAGCUUUAUUGUCCAAGAAUUCUAUGUUGAUUGGGGCAGUUCUAAAUUCUCUGAUUAUCAAAUUCCUAUUAAAGCAGCAGAGGAUGAUGAUGCUGAUCAGGAAAAAGUAGUGGAUUCUAUUGAAAGCGUUGAGGCCCUAGAGAAUGGAGAGCACAAGAAACCAGUCACUGAUCAAAACCCUCUUGAGGAAUUCAGUACUGGGAAGGUUUUAGAUGCUGAAAUUGAGCUUUGUGAGGUUGAAGAAGACAAUUUCUCUGUAGUUUCUGAUUCGAAACAAGACCCAGUUAGCUCAAGAAAAGAUCAUGAUGUGGGUUCACUUAACUACGAGUUUUUGAUAUACAGAAAUGUGGUUCAGUUUGAUGAGGGACUUGACCCUCAAAGCUCUGGAUUCCAGUAUGAUGAGGAAGAUCAUAGAGUCCACUUUGGUAUGGAAGAUGAUCAAUUGCUUGAUGUAAGUAUCCCAGAUGGAAAAUCAGUUGUCUUUUCCGAUCAACUCGAUGGUUCUGAAUCUCCUGAUGAUGAAUACAUUGAAUUGUUAGAGCCCCAAUUGAGAAGUUAUAGUCAACGACUUGAUCAAGUUGUGGAGAGAGGUGAAGAUGAAGAGGAACUAGUCCAAGUUGAGACAGAAGCCACGAGUCCACUAGUACAAUCUGCACAAGAAGAAAUAGGAUUGCACCCUAAAAAGUUUGGAUUCUAUUCGGAUGAUGAAAACGAAUUGGAGUCUCCUGACGAGCAUGAUGAUCUAAUUGAACAGAUUAAAAGGGAAAUUAAGAAUGUGAGAACCGGAGGGCUUCCCACUAUUUCAGAAGAAGAUCAUUCGGAGUCUACAAGAAUGGUGGAGAAUCUAAAGCUUAAGCCACUGAAGAUUGAUGAAAAGCUCGAAUACAAAGAUCGAAUCGCAGAGAUUCAGAAGGUGUACAAAAGCUACGCAGAGAAAAUGCGAAAGCUGGACAUCUUGAACAACCAGACCAUGCAUGCAAUUGGUUUUCUACAGCUGAAAGACCAAAGUAAGCCAAUUUCAUUGGAAAAGUCUUCCAUUAAUCCAAUUAUGAAGUCUCUUCUUUCGCAGAACCUGUUGAGGUGUAAAGCACAAAGACGACCGACAGUUGACCCUAUGCCGAAAUUUGAGGGAGACUUGCACAAGGACUUGGAAUUGGUGUAUGUUGGACAGGUUUGCCUCUCUUGGGAAAUUCUUCACUGGCAGCACAGAAAAGCCCAAGAGUUGCAGCAAUAUGAUCAUCAUCACUAUCAUGUUGUUGCCACUGAGUUUCAACUGUUUCAAGUGCUCCUGCAAAGAUUCAUAGAAGACGAUCCAUUUCAAGGCCCUCGAGUCCGGCACUAUGUCCGGAACCGAUGUGUCCUUCGUAGUCUUCUUCAAGUUCCAGCCAUCAGAGAUGAUUGCUGGAAGGAUAAGAAGCAUGACAUGGGAGGGGAGGAGGAUUUGAUAAUCUUAAGUGAGAUGCUGGUGAAAAUCAUUGAAGAAACGAUGCAGAUAUUUUGGAAAUUUCUUCGCAAGGAUGAGAGAAAUGCGGUCCUAAAGAGCCUUCAAGAAAGUCAGGUUGAGCAUAAGGAUUUGGAGCUUCUUGUAGAUAUCCAGAGAGAUCUUCAAAAGAAGGAGAAAAAGCUCAAAGACAUACAGAGAAGUGGAAAUUGUGUAGUGAAGAAGUUCCAAAAGCAGCAUCAAGAUCAAGACAGACUCGAGCAUAGUUUGUUUGUCGCUCAAGUUGAACUGAGGUUGGUUUCAAGAGUGCUCAACAUGUCAAAACUAACAUCAGAUCAGUUAGUUUGGUGUCAUGAAAAGCUAGACAACAUCAAUUUUGUUCACAGAAAGGUUCUUAUGGAGCCUUCGUUUCUUCUUUUUCCAUGUUAACAUAUGCCAAGCCGUAUGUGCCUGGUCAUUUCUUGACUUGUAAAUGUAUAUACUUGUUUAUAUCUUGACACAUUAUUAACAACGGAUAUAGGAUAUAGGAAUGGUCUAGACUAAUAAAUAGUAGUAGUCUUCGCACAAC